UACCAUCCGCUUUGGAUCCACCAUGUUGUCGUGAUCAUAUCGGGACCAGGACAUGUCUGCGGCUGCAGAAGACUUACCAACGAAUGUUCUCACGAAGGUGCAACUCAGAUGCUGAAUUCAGACUAAUUCAAUGCUGCACAACUUGCAACCAGGACAAAGAAGCGCUUGAUUAUGAUGCUAUUGCAAGAGCGCUAGUAUAUGUGAAUUCUACUGAUGCUUAUGAACCAAAUCGAGAGUGGACUUGUGAUGGCAGGUUCCCGCAAAUUGCAUUCAGAGCAUGUCGGAAGUCUUGCGGAUACUGUGAUUUCUCAAUUAUUGAGUACACUUUGGAAAAUGCACUGAAUUCUUGCAAGAAGAAGGAUAUGGGAGAGUCUCACCUUGAUGCUUGGGAUAUCUCAAGGAUACGCUGA